AUGAGUGACAUGGAGUACGAGGGCUACGACUAUGACGACGAGGUCGAAGAGGUCGAGGAGAUGGUCGAUGACGUGCCCAUGUUCAUCGCCGACCGCGUCUACCUCGGCUCGAUCGAUGCGGCGGCGAAUGCAUAUGCGCUGCGCGCCAAGAACAUUGGCUUUGUCCUCUCGCUGCUCCAGCCCGAAGACGUCCUCGCGGCGCCGAGCUGCGCGCACCUUCGCAUCGCGAUGGACGACGCUCUUGACGAGCCGCUAUUGAUCAAGCUACCGUACUUGCUCUACACGCUGGACCAAGCCUUGGCAACGACCGACGCCAAUGUCCUCGUGCACUGCGUUGCGGGUCGGUCACGGUCGGCGUCCGUCGUCAUUGCGUGGCUCAUGGCCACGCAAGACCUCUCGCUCCACGAUGCGUACCAACGCGUACGCAUGAGCCGUCCGUGGAUCGAGCCAAAUGACACCUUUCUCAAGCACUUGGCGCUCUUUGAGAAGACGCGCUGCGUGCCCAUGAGCGCCAGCACGCGCUGUGCGAUCGAGGAACUCACGCCCGUCCUACCCCGCAUCGACUUUCACCCGUCGUUUGAGCGUCCGAUCACGUCCCAUGCAAAGAUCAUGACGAUCCGCCUCGCAAGCGACGUCGACACCGACGUCAACUCGGACCUGCAGUACAUUUACCCCCGCGCGGUCGCCCAAGCAACCACGACGUCGUCGUCGUCACCGUUUGCGUUCCUCCAGAUCACGGACGUGGCGUUCGUCACGGUGCGCGACCUCACAGACGACCACGCGCAGCACGAAGGCUUGGCCUCGCGCGCCGACUUGCUGGCAACCCUUCGGCGCUUCUACCCCGACAUGCACGAUGCGUCGGCGUGUAUUGUCAUCUCGUUUGCCGCGUGCUAGUCGAUACCUCAUACUAGUAGUACCCAAUACAAGGUUCCGAAGGUCGUCACUCAGGCGCUGGAUACAUCCGUAUAGCUACAGG